GAGCUACUACUCGUCCUUCGGAUAGCCUUUCGUUCCUUUAUCGACUCCACCGUAACCACUGCCAUGGAUAAUUACUCGUUUUCAUUUCAUACGCCGUCUUGGACCGAUAAUGCCCGUGCUUUUCUCUCGCAGUUCUCCGAUGUGUUCAGUGCCUUCUCCAAAUAUAUAUCGCCGUCAUAUUACCACGACCGGUGUGAAAGGUCUGUCCAGAUGCGACUGUAUUCUCUGUCCAAACGUCAGUUUGUCUCUGUCUUUGUCAUCUUCUUCUUCUGCUUCGGUAUCACUGUCAUGGUGGGCAUGGCAGGUCCGCCGAUUAUAGACACAGUGUCCCAUAAUGGAUCACUGGUCUCCGGAAGUCACUCCAAGGGGGCUGCUAGUCACUUCAAGCUCAAGUCUCCACCGAUGUCAACGUUUCACCAACAGAUGUGGUUGAUCGCUCAUAUGACAACCAACAACAGGGGAGGUUCACGAUUCCAGGAGCCGUUUGUUGUUGGUGUGGGGAUUCGAGGGUUUAAGGGUGAUAUUGACCAUGGAAUACUUAAGACAAAGAAUCCAGAACUUAGUCCCAUCGCUCACAACAGGACAAGGCUACUCAGCUGCUCACAUGUUUGUGAUGACCUUAUACUGCUUCACCUCGGCUAUUUAGACUACACAAAUUACAUCAUCAACAUAGACUUUUAUGGCCUCGAGGCGACAAAGUCCAACAUCAAGGAUAUUGUUUUCUAUUUUAAGAGCUACAACACCUCCUUUACACAGCUUGAGAUUUGGAUCCGAUUUGUGUUUGUGGUGAUGACUUUCCUCGGCACUUGCCUUUUUGCUCAUUCCCUGAGGAAGUUUUCCAUGAGAGAUUGGUCAAUAGAACAAAAAUGGAUCUCCGUCCUGUUGCCUCUGCUUCUCCUGUACAAUGAUCCAUUGUUCCCGAUGACAUUCCUGGUAAAUAGCUGGGUUCCGGGUAUCAUGGACGGUAUUUUCCAGGCUUCCUUUCUGUGCGGACUACUUAUGUUCUGGCUGUGUAUUUACCACGGAGUCCGACAGACUGACCGGAGAUUUGCCAAAUUUUAUCUGCCAAAAUUAAUCAUUGUUGGACUUAUAUGGAUCACAGCCGUUACACUAGCCUCAUGGCAGGGCUACAACGAGUUACAGGAUCCCACGUAUUAUUACCGCCUCGACACGACCAACUUCAUGGGUUUCAAGAUUUUCUUUUUCAUUGUGGGCGGUCUCUACCUGUUAUACUUGCUCUACCUCCUGGUGCGAGCGUACGCUGAACUGCGAUCCAUGCCUUAUUUUGAUAUUCGUUUGAAGUUCAUGACACUGCUGAUGUUGAUCGUACUGUCAAUAAGCGUUACUAUAACCGUGAUGCGAUUCGGGGCAGCAGCCCUCCAGGAUAAUUUUGUCGCAGAGCUGUCCACAAACUACGAAAACUCCAUAGAAUUUGUAUCGUUUUAUGGUCUCCUAAACUUCUACAUGUACACGAUGGCAUUCGUUUACUCCCCCUCCAAAAACGCUCAGUUCGAGAGUAAUUUGAAGGACAAUCCAGCUAUAUCUAUGUUGAAUGACUCGGAUGAGGAGGUGCAUUAUGGAUCUGACCAAGAGGAGUCAAAUCUAAAUAAUCACCACGUAAGUCGUUACCACGACUCCGAGGAAGAAACGUUCCGAUAGGACCGCUGUCAAAGAGACGUUCUGAUAGGACAGCUGCCAAACACAGAACCAGAACAAGGACUACGAAUCUCAUCUGAAGAGAUCGGAAUCUUAUCUGAAAAUCUACCAUUUUGAGGGGAUCCUAUUUUACUGGAUUUUGGUUUUUCGUUGUUAAGUAUGAAAAUAUAAUUUCUGUGGUAUUCUCUUCAACAUAAUCUUCAUAAGCUAUACAUGGUCUGACAAACUAUGUGUACGAAAUGUUAAGUUGGAAUUGUAUCCCAAAACAAUUGAAAAGAUUAAUUGGUAUGUGAUAGAUUAGUCGGUUGAUAUUUGUAUAUACAUGAUGUACAUUCCAUGUGGAUAGCGGUAAGGUAUUGGAUUAUAACUGACAUUCCAAAGGGUUUAUUUAUCUGCAAAUGAUGGUGAAAAUUUUAUAUGAGCAAUGGAAGUACACUUGAUUUGUAUACUGUAAAUAUUUUAAUUGAUGAUCAAAGAGAGUAGAUUGAAAACUGCUUUAGAAAUGUUAUUUGCUAUGUGGAGGGACUUUCCACGACAUAAAAUGAAAUUUCAAGAUUAGGAUCAGUUCAUUCUAAAAAAAAAUAUAAUUUAAAACUAAAAUUGUUUGCCUUUGGUCAACUUUUUAGAAUUAGGUUAAAUUCUACAAUAGUC